UCAGUGUGAGCGUCCCAAGGCACUGUUAGUGUUUUCCGGUGUGAUUGUGAGUCUGCGUUGUUUUACUGCGCUAAUAUUUAAAUACAAAUGCUCACUGUGCCACUUCCGUGGUCCCUGCUUUUUUCUUUUAAAGCUAAACGCGUUUUAUAAGUUUUUGUUCUGCCUUUUUUCCCCUCUUCUGUGGUUUUCAGACUUCUUUCGCCAUGACACAAAGAAAAAGACUGUCCAAUUCACCAAGCUUAUCUCAGAACAAAAGGCAGUCCGGCAGCUUUAUGACUCAAGGAGAUUCUGAGGAUGCAACAUUUACUCAACCAAGCACGUCACAGGUCCAGAGAGGGCUCGAGAAAGUGACGUCGGCACAGGUUGAUCAAAAGACUGCUGAAGUGGUGCAGUACUUCCUGGUGAAAGACCAAAAGAAGAUCCCUGUACGCAGGGCAGAACUUGUUAAAAAUGUGGUUAAAGAGUACAGAAACAUCUACCCAGAGAUUCUAAAAAGGGCAGCACGCAUUUUUGAUCAGGUGUUUGGCCUGAAACUGGUUGAAAUUGACAACAGAAAUCACAUGUACAUACUGGUCAAUAACUUGGAGACAACUGACAGUGCUUCACCAAAUGAAUGGCUCACCAAUCCAAAGAUGGGCCUCCUUUUUGUGAUCCUGAGUGUUAUUUUCAUGAAGGGAGGUGUUGUCAGAGAAAACCUCAUCUGGAACACUCUGAAGAAGCUCCGCGUGGACCAGGGAGAGAAACAUGAAGAGUUUGGAGAUGUCAGGAGGGUUGUCACGGAUGAGUUUGUGCGUCAGAGGUACCUGGAGUAUCUGCGGAUUCCUCACACCGAGCCUCUGGAGCAUGAGUUCCGCUGGGGUCAGCGUGCCGACAAGGAAGUGUCAAAAGCCAAAAUCCUGGAGUUUAUGGGGCAACUUCAUGAACAGGAACCUCAAAGCUGGACCCAACAGUACAGAGACGCUUACUCCCUCUCCCAGGGAGCCCAGGCCACCACCAGCAGCCUACGAUAACAGCCCCACCAACUCGUUUUUAUUCCCAUAUUCACCUGUAUCUCUGGUUCCAUACGGUCUUCUUCAUUGUUAUAUUGGUGAUGUGGUUCCAUGGUUGAAAUAAAGCUCUUCUUUCCAUUAUUUUUUUACUUUAGUAUUAGGAUUUUCUUAUAAAAGAUAUUGCUUUAAGUUUGCAAAAAUAAAUAUUUUUUUGUUUUCGCUAUCAUGCU